UCAUCUCAUUCCAUGAAUCCGUAUUUUGCGCUUCCAUUGUACAAAGCAGUGCACUACCCUUACUUUUCAGCUCUCACUUCUUGGUCUGCAGUGACUACUCCUUGAGCUAAAGCAGUACGUAGUACUUCUGUCGUUUUCAUUUUUUAACUUUUGAAAAACUUGUUUAUAUUUCUUGUGCAACCAGCUUUAGAGAGAAUAAUAUCAGUCUACUAUCAAAAUGGGCAAAGAGUGGCUGUACUGGGGCAGCAGUGGCAGUGGUACUAGUAAUAGAUCUACCCAUAGAAGAAGAGGAUCAAGAGGAGAAGAAGUAGUACUGAAUAAUAAUGAAGAAGCUCCUCCUCCAGCUGGUUGCAUGUGCUUCCAAAUCUUUGAUUUACCUCAUUUUCAGUUAGCUUUGAACCAGCAAUCUCGUUCUUUCAAACCUCAUUCAACUUCUUCUGAUUUCCUUCAACAAGAACAAAAACCUUCUUUCCUCAAAGGACUUGAAGCACCAAGAAACAGCUUGGAUUUAGAAGAGCCUGUUGUGGAACGGAAAUCUGUGUCAAGUUCAUUGUCUUCAUCAACCAUGAAAAUAGACGACCAAAAUUUGAAUAUCCCGCAGCACCUCUCCAGCGGGGACCAAGACUCCAACUCUAGUAGCUAG